AUGUUGGGCCGAGUCAGCCGUCCGCUGACAUCGCUUCGUUUUGGCGGCUUUGCGUAUUUCCAACAAACGGCUGGCGCGAAGAUCUACCAGCGAAAUGAGAAGAGCAAAUUUACUGUGGAUCUGAUGAAGGGUCUUCUCAUGGGCCUUGGCCUCGGCCUUGGCAUGAACAUCGUUUUCGGCGUCGCUGAGGGCCCUUACUACUACGAUCCCGAGCAGCAUACACCCGAGGAGUACGAAUUCCACAAGAGCGCUCUUUCGCGAUUCCUUUACAAAUACUGGUUCACAUCCCAACGCGUUGCCCAUUGGCAGACAUACGCCGGCAUGCUUUUCCAGGAUGAAGUUCGAUCCAAAGACAGAUUGGUCCAAGACGUUAGACGAAUUUCUGCCCAAACCGGCGCAAUCGGAAUGAGCAGCGGAUACUACAGCCACGCCCAGAACGUCGGCGGCGUUGCCGACAAGCAUGCUUACCUUCAUGCAACUGCUCCUCAAUUGUUAAACGAAAUGAUUCAAUAUGCUGACGAAAAUGAAAUCCUCAGAGCUAAAGACCAAAUCAUCCAGAAAGUUAUUGUUGAAAAGGGCGAGGGUGCCUUGAGACAAGGUGUUACAGUCGAAUUCAACCCUGGAGAGACGCUCAGACUGCCCGCCGUCGGUGUUGCUCCAUCUCCUCAUCUCAAGCCAGAUUGGUACAACUACGAUGUGGAGACCAAGGAUCAAUGA